AUGCUAGUCCUCGGACAUGGCCAGGCAUUGCACAUCCUGCUCCUGGCCACAUACGUCUCCGCAUUCUGGCCCUUCUCCUCUUCACAAGCGUCAUUCACCCCGACAUCACGGAAUGACUCAAGAACAGCCGACCCCCGGCUGCAACGGGCGCCCUCGACCUCGCCCCCGGAGAAGAAGAAGGAAAUGGCACAACUCCUAGACAAGUUUGCCCCCAUCUUCAAACUUGCGUCGACGGAACGCUUCUACCCGAGCUCCGUCAAGUGGAUGCUCGAUCGGUACGACUACAUAGAGUACCUGAACCACACCAAGUUUGACCCGUUACCCGGAACACUGUCGCCCGGCGGCCUCGGCUCGCUCGAGUACAUGGAGUCGCCGAAACGGAUGCACCUCUCGACCGAGCAUCCCGCCAACGCCCAGCCGAUAUUCAACACGGAGCCGAGUUACUUCAUGUACGGCCCGGCGGGACAGGAGGGCGCUCUCGAGAUGGGCCCAGAUGGACGGGGGAGGGUGCAUGAUGAGGUGUACGGGUUCUGGGUCGACCAGGGGCACGGCGUUGUCGAGGUCGGAUACCUCGGCUGGCUCGGAAAUCGUGAGCUGAGUCAGUUGGUGGCAGCUGACAUCAGACGUGACGGACUGGGAACGCCUGCGACUGCGCACCAUCAACGGAUCAGCCGUCUCGGCCGACUUCACGGCGGCGCCUUCUCCGCCGGCACAUACCGGUGGGAGGACGUAGAAAAGAUCGACGGGCGGCCCGUCGCUUACAUCGCGCAUGGCAGCCACGGUGUUUGGCCCAACGCGGGCAAGCACGUGUACGCGCAGCUGCUGAAUCUCUGGCAGCUAGUGGAUGUAUGCGACGACCGCGGAGCCCUGUGGGACACAAAGGGGCAUGUUGUGCCGAUCGAGUUUUGGAACGGGCCAGAGUAUGGACACCGUAUCGAGCAUACGGGAGACCAGUCUUGGCUCGAGUUUGAGGGGAAAUGGGGCAAUGUCGGGGAUGGGUGUUGGUAUGAGCCCUUCAUUGGGAUCUGCCAGUUGAUCGCUGGGCCGCCGGGGCCAAAUCGCGAGUUUGGCAUUCCGCCGAGUUGUAUCCUUGCGCCCCCCGCCGACGCCGGGUCGACGUUCAAGUUCUACCUCUCCAACUGGGUCGUGUGGCAAGCCCAGGACCUGAACGUGACGCACGUCCUGCUCGAGCAAGUUUGCACACGGCCCAGUAUGGGUGCCUCGGCUCGAGACCCUUAUUCUGUCGCCCCGCUCGAGGUCCACGACCGGCUCCCCUUUGACCCCGAGGAUCGAUUCUACGAGGCCACAGCAGCGCGGUGCGAGGGCGGACGAUCAGCAGCUAAGGGAUACCGACUCGCUCUGUACCGGGGCGAGGAAAGGGUCAGCACGAGCCCCGUGCGGGUCAUCUGUGUCUAUGACGAGGGACAGGGAGCGUACAUUGACAGUCCGGGCGUGGACGUCAUGGACUGGGAUGACUGGCGCUGGAAGCUGGUGAUCGACAAGUAG